ACGUCACUUCCGGUCCCAAGGGGGUGGGGAAGGAGCCGGAAGUCGGGUGCGCUCUGGCGGUCGGAGAUGGAGGAGAGCGAAUACGAGUCGGUUCUCUGUGUCAAGCCAGAGGUCCAUGUCUACCGCAUCCCGCCGCGGGCGACCAACCGUGGCUACAGGGCCUCAGAAUGGCAGCUGGACCAGCCAUCGUGGAGUGGCCGGCUGCGGAUUACUGCAAAAGGGAAGGUGGCCUACAUCAAGCUGGAGGACAGGACCUCAGGGGAGCUCUUCGCACAGGCCCCAGUGGACCAGUUUCCCGGCACAGCUGUGGAGAGCGUGACUGACUCCAGCAGGUACUUCGUUGUCCGCAUUGAAGAUGGAAACGGGCGACAUGCUUUUAUUGGGAUUGGCUUUGGGGACCGAGGGGACGCCUUUGACUUCAACGUGGCAUUACAAGACCAUUUCAAGUGGGUGAAACAGCAGUGUGAGUUUGCAAAACAAGCCCAGAACCCAGACGAAGGCCCCCGAUUGGACCUGGGCUUCAAGGAGGGACAGACCAUCAAGAUCAACAUCGCAAACAUGAGAAAGAAGGAAGGAGCAGCUGGGACGUCAAGAACCAGGCCUGCCAGCACAGGAGGGCUGAGCCUGCUUCCCCCGCCUCCAGGGGGCAAGACCUCCACCCUCGUCCCUCCCUCUGGGGAGCAGUUGUCUGUCGGGGGAUCUCCAGUCCAGCCAGCAGUUGUUCCUGCUUCAGAACCCUGGCCACAGUCUAAGCCUGCUGCCGCUGCCACUGCUGAUGUCUGGGGCGACUUCACCAAAUCCACAGGGCCACCGUCCAGCCAGUCUCAGCCUGGCACCGGCUGGGUCCAGUUUUGAUGCACAACUUUUUCUUCAUGACUUCCGGGAAGGAGCUGCCUCAUCCAGGCCCACAGAAGGAGGCAAAGCGCUCUCUGGCUGGCCCCUGGAACAUCACUGUCCUCUCCUUGCCCAGCUCUCUAACAGCCUGAGCACAAGAAGCAGUAAAUGGGCUCCGUGCCACACUUGCUGGGGUUCAGGGGCUGCACAGCCAGAAGACAAACACUCCAGGCCCCCCCAUCCUUCCUCCUCAUGGGAGGGACCCAGACCUGCCCUCUUCCAUCAAGUGAUCCUUAUUAAACACAGCCCCUAAAGCACAGAAUGGGUUGAGUUUGUGGCCUGGGUUCAGCUCUGCCCUUCAAGUUGGCAGGUGUCCCAGAUUCAUUGUUGGGCUGGGGUCUCUGCACUCUGUCCAUAGUAGCCGUUGUCGGGUGCCUUCCAGAGACCAUCCUGAUUGCUAGCAAGUCUUUGAGCUGUGGCUUGAGUGGUCUGUCAGGGGACACUGGAAGGACUAAGCAGCUUUUUGAAAAUGUUAAUACAUUGCUCUGCUAAUAUGCUGACCAGCACUAACGUGCCCUUGCAAGGGACCCGCCAUGGCGAGGGCCUUUCACACCCUUCUCCCUGCCCUGAGCCUCAGAGGCAGCAGGGAGAGUCAGCCUGCACUUACCCUGUCUUCAGCCAGGCCCCCCUCAGGUGGGGCAGGCUCUGGAAUCCUGCUGGGUAAUGUGGGGAAGUUGCAGCAUCACAGGUGGGGCCAGCCGGCCUGUCUUCUGGUUCUGCUCCGGGCUCACAGGUUCAUGGUACAGCUGGUCCUUCCCUGGUGGCUUUUGGAGGGAAUAUCUGUAGAUAGCCUCUUUUUCCCCUUCAGAGACUGUGACAGAAGGAGGUCUGUUAGCUGAAAGUCCAGGCCAUCAGGAGUAGUGAUUUAUAAGAAAUCAUUGUCUCCUCAUUGCAUCUCGAAAGUUUCUUUAUAGACUCAACCUUCAGUUGAAAGGUUUCUCUUUUGAAAGGUCAAGAGUGUGAACUGAAAGAGGUUUUGACCUUGUGGGACCAGAGUUUUAAAGAUGGAAAAAUAAAUGUUUUUACUUGUGUA